AUGAUUGUUAUUAAUAAUGGUUACAUUCGAAAUCUCCGUUUUUGUUGGGAACGAAAUGUUUUUGUUUGUUUAUAUUUGCUCACCGAGAAUUUUCUGGGAAAUCUAAAUCUCGCCACUAUCUCGCGACCCUUUUCCUAUUAUCUGGUAGAACUCCUCAAAACAACAAUGGUCAGCUUGAAGCUUCAGAAGAGACUCGCUGCCGCCGUGCUGAAGUGCGGUAAGCGCAAGGUGUGGAUGGAUCCCAGCGAGGUGAGCAACAUUGCUGUUGCCAACUCUCGCCAGAGCGUUCGCUCCAUGAUCAAGAACGGAAUGAUCGUGAAGAAGCACAACCUGAUGCACUCUCGUGCUCGUGUGAACAUUCGUCACGAGGCGAAGGCUCGCGGCAACCACACUGGUUACGGUAAGCGUCACGGAACCAUGAACGCCCGUAUUCCCGAGAAGCUGCUCUGGAUGCGUCGUAUUCGUGUGCUCCGCAGACUGCUGCGCAAGUACCGUGAUGCCGGCAAGAUCGACAAGCACAUGUACGCUCACUUCUACGCUCUGGCCAAGGGUAACCGUUACAAGACCAAGCGUGUGCUGAUUGAGCAGAUCCACCGUAAGAAGGGUGAGGAUAAGAAGGAGAAGCAGCUUGCUGAGCAGGCGACUGCCCUUCUCAACCAGAAGAGAGCCGCUAUGGAGGCUUCCGCCUAAGUCGUCUAGUGUAUGGAUGAUCUACCUACCAC